CCACUGAAAAGAAUAUUCCGAAUUCGAUAUUAGAAUUCCACUUUCUUUCUACAUAUUACCAUUCCUCUUCAUCCUUCUAUAAAACCCCCCAAAAUCCCAAGCUAAACCUAAGCACAACCAAAAAAUAAAUAAAUAAAUAAACAAACAAAUAGAGCGUUUUACAAUGUGCGAAGCUCUCAAGAACGCCUACCAACUGUUCGAGGAAAUCGGCCGCGGCCGAUUCGGCACCAUCUUCCGAGCUUUCAGUCCAUCCAUGGCGGAAUUCGUCGCCUGCAAGGUCAUCGACAAGCGCCUCCUCACCGACGCCACCGACCGCGCUUGCCUCGACAAGGAGCCCAAGAUCAUGACCCUCCUAGCCCCACACCCCAACGUCCUCCGCAUCUUCGACGUCUUCGACACCGACGAUUGCCUCACCAUCGUCCUCGAGCUCUGCGGACCCCUCACUCUCUACGACAGAAUCCUCAAUCGAACCCUCUCCGAGCCCCAAUCGGCCUCCCUCAUGAAACAGCUUCUCCAGGCCCUCUCGCAUUGUCACGCCCUGGGGAUUGUCCACCGCGAUUUGAAGCCCGAGAAUGUUUUGUUCGAUUCUAGGGACAAUCUCAAGCUCGCCGAUUUCGGCUCUGCCGAGUGGCUCGGCGACGACGGAUGUGUGGAGGGAGUCGUCGGGACGCCGUACUACGUCGCGCCGGAGGUUCUGUUGGGGAAGGAGUACAACGAGAAGGUCGAUGUCUGGAGCGCCGGCGUGAUUCUCUACGUAAUGCUGGCCGGGAUUCCGCCGUUCUACGGCGAAUCGGCAACGGAGAUCUUCGAGGCCGUUUUGAGAGGGAAUUUGAGGUUCCCGACUAGGGUUUUCCGGUCGGUUUCUCCGGCGGCGAAGGAUCUGUUGAGGAAGAUGAUCUGUAGGGAUGUUUCCAGGAGAUUAACUGCAGAUCAGGCACUCAGGCACCCAUGGAUCCUAAGUGGAGGAGAGACAGGUUCAAUGGACUGAUCUGCAUAAAGAACUAAAAAGUUUCUAACCCAAGAACAAAAAUCCAGUUUUACCAUUGUAUAUAGAGAAGGUCAUCAUAGAUGUUCCAAAAAAAAAACCCAGUUUUCCGCUGAAGAGGAGCUGAACCAGAGUUUGAAGAGAAGUUUCACGUGAGGCUCUUUCAAGGGGGUUUUUUUUUUUUGGUGGUAACUUUAGAGAAAAAUCUGCGACUGCAUUCUGUAGAUACGGGUAGAGUGAGAAUCCUGGCUUUCCCCCCUCUUCUUUUUUAUGUUUUUUGGGUUGAUAGAAAAGAUCUGGCAGUGAGAAAGCCGAAGUACUUUUAUGAGUAUAUCAGUCAUGUUUUUGUAAAUGAAAAGAUGCUAAAUAUAUGGAUAUGCUGAGUUUAAGAAUCUCAAGUUGUUUUUUUGGCAUUAAUUUCCUUCUUUUCCUGCCUGUUUUCAUGGAUAUGCACAUUUGUGAGAACAUCUUAUUGUUCACGUUGGAAAAAGG